AUGCUUCCUCACUCUGCACCGCGUGGUGCAGUAAUGAACCCUUUGCUCUGUCCUCAACGCUGUCGCCUAAUUCGUCGUUGGACAAGGACAAAAAGCACCCUUGAAGGCAGGUUAUCUUGCGUCUCCUCCCAACACAGUCGCUUAUUGUCGUGUGGCAAGUCCAUGUCGCUGGCGGCACAAGUGAGGAUGGCUAGUGUGACUGGGUGUACGUCGGGGAACGACAAGGCACGCAAUGCUUGGGUUGGCGCAAAGGGCCCAUCCGCAUUAGAUUUGAGGAGCGAUGUCAUGACAACACCGACACCGUCGAUGCUCGCCGCUAUUCAGUCUUGCACUCUACUCGAUGACGUGUUUCGCGAGGAUAAGACAACAAUGGACCUCGAGGCACAUGUUGCGGCACUUUCUGGAAAAGAAGCCGGUCUCUUCGUUCUCUCCGGCACCAUGGGCAAUCAGGUUGCCUUGCGAAGUCUGCUGACGCAACCGCCACAUUCAGUGCUGUGCGACCAUCGUUCGCACAUCAUUCAGUACGAGGCUGGCGGGGUCUCGUCUCUCACCGGCGCUACUGUUAGACCCGUCGUUGCAGAGAAUGGCACCCAUCUAACCCUCGAGGAUAUCAAGCAAAACGUUGUUCUCAGUGACGACGUCCACUCAUGCCCCACUCGAGUCAUUAGUCUUGAAAACACGCUCGAUGGCAUCAUCAUGCCGCUAGCCGAGGUCAAGCGCAUAUCCCAAUUCGCCAGAGAACAUGGCAUCAGGAUGCAUUGCGACGGGGCGCGACUGUGGGAAGCGGUCGCCGCUGGUGCUGGGACGCUGCCCGACUUCUGUGCCCACUUUGAUACGGUCAGCCUGUGCCUUUCCAAGGGUCUCGGAGCACCCGUGGGAAGCAUCUUGGUCGGCGAUGAGAAGACGCUGACGCACAGUCGACGGGUUCGCAAGUCCAUUGGUGGCGGCAUGAGACAGCCGGGAUUCAUCGCCGCGUGUGGCAGAGUGGCUGUGGACGAAACAUUCGGCAAAAAGGCGGACGGGAGUGACGGUUGGCUGAAAGCGUCGCACGACAUGGCCAAGAAGGUAGAGGCCUUGUGGACUGGCAUGGGUGGUCAGCUGCUUCAUCCAGCGCACACAAACAUGUGCUGGAUUGAUCUCGACUCGGCUCGCUGCAGCCACGAUCGAUUUAUCCAACUGAGCAGGAAUGCCGGCCUCGCCGUGUUUGGACCACGGCUAGUCACACAUUACCAAGUGGCCCAAAAUGGCCACGAUGUCCUGCAACGGUUGGAGCGAGUGUUCAAGCAGGUGUUUGCGGCGUCUGAACAUAUCGAGCCGCCAGCGCCAGCAGCCGUCAAGGGUAUCUACGGCAAGGCCUGA